CUUCAUGGUUCCCCACUAGGUUCAGGCUUGCGAGCGUCCUUGUUGUCUGCAGCAUUUCAGUUUCAAAGUCUCUCAAGAAGCAUGGCGACCCCAGAGGCAGACUUUAAGAUUCUGUACUUCGCCGCCGCAUCGUCGUUUACCAAGAAGCAAGCGGAAAUGUUGCCGGCGCCCCUCCGACUCUCUGAUCUAUUCGCUGAACUUGACAAGAGGUAUCCUGGUAUCAAGGAUAAGGUCCUUGAUAGCUGUGCCGUAACCGUCAAUCUAGAGUACGUGGACGUCGUAGAGGAGGGGUCGGUGAUGAUCAAGGGCGGAGACGAGGUCGGAAUCAUCCCCCCCGUAAGCUCCGGGUGAGGAAAAAGCACCCUCACGAUCUGGCAAGUUUGUUUCGAUCUCAAACGCCAACUCCGCGAUCCUGGUACCUUCGAGCGUUUUCACCCUGAAGCUGCCGACUCGAAUCUCACGUCCGAGGCUUGUUUGUGGCAGCGCGAUGGAUAUCCGCAGGAUAUCGCACAUGUCUUGACCCGCGGCGUGCCUUAUAGAUAUUCUGCACCGUCGCCGUGUUCGGAGUCGUGCAAGGACGUGCAGCUCGCGAUCCAGCAGGUUGACCGCCGGAAGCAGUGCGCUACCCUUUGUGCUGGGAAUGCUUCCAAGUCUCGACAGCGUGCAUGGCUUUCAGGCCAAUCAUAUGUCUACAGAGUGUCCAUUCUCUCGUUCACUUCUAACAAGGCUUACGCGGACCUUCAUGUGCGUGGUGGUGCGCUCGUCGGUUCUCGCGUAGUCACCGCCUCGCAUUACGGGGUGCUGGCAAUCCAACUAUUUAAAUACGCUGUUCAUGCAGAGAUUGCAGACUAUAACGGCAGCUCGCAGUUUAGCUUGUAUCGAUUCAUCACAAUUGCCCUGUUGCAACCGUCUGUCUCUGGAGCUAAGAGAAGGCUGUGGCCAAACAAGCUGCCACCAACUAGUGAUUGUACCCUGAUGUCUCCUUUUCAGAGACCAAAUACUCUCCGAAGUUUGCCGAUGCAUCAGAAUCCCGGCAUAGGGUUAUGUCCAAAUUCUGGACUGCGUAAGGGCACAGAACUCGAUGGUUCCCAUGUAAAUGGUCCUACAAUGUCUCUUUUAUCUUACUCUCGGAAGAAUCAGGUCGCGAGAUUUGAAAGAAUGGAUUUGUAGAUUACUACUAUUUCCUCAUGUAUAAGAUCAAUACAUUAAAUCAGACCGUAUGCAAUCG